AAGUUCGGGUAGUUUUUUGAAUUAUAAUUGAGUUGAGGUCGUAUUUGACACUGAUCAAUUGUUCGGGUUGUAUUUGGCACGACUAAAAUUGUUGGGGUAGAAAUUGGCAUUUUUCCCUCCACCACCUAGUAGUCUAAAACGCAUGGCAUGGCCCAGACUAAUUAAGCUUCUGGUUCUAGUUCUAUGUUUUUUUCUGCAGAAAUGCACCAUAAAACCAAUUGAUUGUUUCAUUGUCUCGUCUGAUACAUAUGUGGUGAGAAUCAUACUACAUGUAAGUAGUUUGUAUCUAUUAACUGAACCAAUGAGAAUUCUUCUUGGAUCAAUUUAGGCAAAUAAUAUGCACAGCGUGAUACUUUCACAGAAUUAAGAAAAUGUGAUAUUUAUAGAAUUGUAUAUACAGACGUUCAAUGGUAGAGUUAUAUUAUUAUUUUCUGUGAAACUAAAUUUUUAGAGUAUAUAUUUCUUUCCUCUUUGAAGACAUAUUUUAAGAGAAAGAAAUUCAAAAUUUAGAGACAAAUGAUGGAAUUGAAAAUGUUGUUCCAAUGUCUUUGUUGAAUUUUUUUACUUUCCUUAUAGAGAUGAUUUUGUCCGGUCAAAAUUAAUCAAAGUUUCCAUUUAAGUAGAAACACCAUAUCCGGCUUGCGCGUGAACAAAAUUUUCACUACAUCCUACAUGGCUUGUUUGGAUUGGAUACAAGGAAAACAUCUACCAAUGGUUACAAGUUACAACGUACAAUGUGGAACAUAAAACUUUAACCCACGCGCCACUGUCGUAAAACCCUCUUUUGCUUCAUAACUAAAACAACCUCAAACACAUCUAUUCCCUCUCUCCCUCUCUUUCUCGAACAAUGACAAUCUCACCGUUACUAUUCAUUGGUUUGAUUUGCCUCGCAGGCGGUGGCUCUCUUCUACCGGCGGCGGAAGCGAUAUGGUUAACGGUUCCAAGUUCAGGCGAGAGAUGUGUCUACGAAGAGAUCCAUGCCAAUGUGGUCGUCGUCGUCGAUUACCUUUGCAUCGAUCAAAAUAACAUCGGACUUGGUCCCACAGUUGAUGUCCGGGUAAAUUCAGCUUACGGGAAAGAACUGUACAAGAAAACAAACGAGACGCACGGUCAGUUUGCGUUUACAACGAGCGAGUCCGGAACAUACUUAGCUUGUUUUUUGAUACACCACGAUCAGACACAUUACACAGCCAGCAAUAGCACUGCUAUCGUCAAUAUUGACUGGAAGAUGGGUAUCCAAACCAAAGAUUGGGAUGCUGUUGCUAAGAAAGAAAAGAUCGAGGGUGUGGAACUUGAGCUUCGAAAAUCUUCUGAACGUAUUACUGAAAUUAGGGCAAACAUUCUCUAUCUAAAAUUCAGGGAAUCAGCUAUGAGGGAGGUAAACGAGAAGACUAACAAGAGGGUUGCGCAGCUCAGCUUUAUUUCUUUAGGGCUCUGCCUUAUCGUUUCACUUUUUCAAGUUUGGCAUCUCAAACGCUUCUUCCUCAAGAAGAAGCUUAUCUAACUUCGUUGUGCUAUGUUAUUUUGAAAAAUCUUGUAACCUUGUGCCUUUUCUAGAGGUUCUAUAGUCAGGCUCCAGACCAAAUCAAUAAUGAAACAGAUGUUUAAUUUUUA